GUGGAGACAGUGUUUGGCUCGCCCAACGUGACGGUGGGCUACCACGUGAUUGGAGCAGACAUAGUGUACCCGCCCUCUGUGGUGGUCGAGGCGCUUCACUCCUACGGCUGGGAUAGGCUGAUGGGUGACGUGCGACAGUUUGUCCCCAUGGUAACAGCGCUGCCCAACACAGCCGCACCAUGGAGAUCCAGCCCAGCUAUCGGCCUCCAGCUCAAAACAGGUCUGAUGGUUUAGACUAGAGGACUAUGUUUAGGAGCCAUGUUGUUUUUUUUUUUUCACUCACUUAUACAAGACACAUUAAGGAGGCUGCAAUACAUUAGUCUGCACUGUGUCCAUAUACAAGCUCCGAUUGAUGGGGUUGAGUAUUGAACUACAGUUACUCUGCCCUGAUGUUCUCGAAUGUUCCAUGUUCUAUGGGUGUUGUCUGUGUGUUCCAGUUCUGCGCUUCGUAGGUCCAGGAGAUGACCCGCGGUCCUGUCGGUUCUCGCAGAUGAUGGAACAGAGGCUGGAGAACGUGUUCUCUGAGGCCCAGGCCAAAGUCCUGGACGUCCACACCAGACUCUCUGUCCAGGUACAGAUAUUAUAGUACCAUGGCCUCCUCCUCCUCACUCAGUAACCCUGUGACCUGUGGAGGUGGUGACUUCAUAUGUACCUGGUCCUCUGUAGCUCAGUUGGUAGAGCAUGGUGCUUGCAAUGCCAGGAUAGUGGGUUCGAUUCCUGGUACCUCCUGUAGGUGAAAUGUAUGCACACAAUACUGUAAGUUGCUUUGGAUAAAAGCAGCUGCUAAAUGGCUUAUAUUUGGUAUGUGGAGACAGGAUGUUGUAGGUGGAGGACUUUCUGCUCUUCAUGAUGUCCUUGUUACUGAUCCCAGCAGGGGAUUAAUAAAGGUAUAUGGUUUUGUAUUGUAUACACAUAUCAUAAUACAUAGCCUACAUCUCUAGGUACUCUUAUCAUUGCUUCCCACCACAGAGCAAUUAUUUAUUGUCUGGACAUAGGGCUUUUAGCCAUUUUACUUCUAACUGUUUCAAAUUGAACGAACAGUUGAUAUUUACACCAGACUUGUGUUGAUGCUUAUUUUAGAUGUUAUAACAUUAAACUUAAUUACAAACAAAUCCAAAGAGUCUAAAUAUGGGUAGUCCGAUUGGUCAUUUGAUGAUGUGUGGCACAGUUUGUAUGGAAUUAACCUCAAAGCAUUUUGCACUACCAUUUUCACAGACACAGCUCUGCAGUUGAAGAGGUUUGGCACUAGCAAAGCAAAACGCAAGCUGUGCAUAAUUGGAGCAUAAUUAUCAUUCCUAAGUGCAUUGUUCAUGUGCCAUUGUAAAUAGAAGCUGUUCUCAGAUCUGAACUGAUUGUGUUUGGGGAGACAAUGUGUGUAUUAUGUUUUAAUGAGCUUCCUAGCUGCCAUAUUAUCAUGUCCACUACAUUAUGUAUGUCAAGCUUUAUGUUUUUUUGUGUAGAACAUAAAGUUGACGUUAUAAACACUUUCACAGUGGCAAAUGGCUUGCCAGUUUCACUCUUGACAGCCGUUUUAAUAUCUUUAUGGAUUUAAGCAUAUUUUUGUUAUGCUAAUUAUGCCAAUACGUUUUAUAGCUCCUCUGUAACUUAUUACACAUUAAAGUAGAUUGAUCUAAAUUGAAAUGAUGUUGUGCAACUUACUUUAUUUGUCCCUAUACCCCAUCUUCCCCCUCUCCCACAAUUAGCGAAAAAAAGCUUUCCCAAGAGCGUCAAAGCGAUAGAAUCGGAUAAAAAAUAGGAGAGCAGGGUUCAGCCGAGGAAAAGGCGCUGUGGCGCGUGCGAGAGAGGGACUGGGUAACAAAGGAGAUGGGGGAGAAAGAGGGGGGGAGAGUGAAAGGAACGGUUUGGAAAGGUGGGGCAAAGGCGAGGAAGAGAGAGAGAGAGAGCUAAAUGUGAGUAAAGUAGUAGAAAGAGGAGGAUACGAGAGGAGAGAGAAAGGGGGGGGAAGGAAAGAGAAAGUAGAGAGAGCAGAGCAGCAGAAGAGAGAGAGUAGAGCAGGAACAAAGAAAAGGAAAGAGCUAAGGACUAAGAGAGAGAGAGAGGUGAGAAAAGUACAGAGAGAGAGAGAGAGAGAGAGUAGUAGAGAAAGAGAGGAAGAGGAAAAAGAAAAAAAAAGCCGAUGAUGAGAGAGAAAGAAAGCGACAGCAGAUGAGAGAAAAGGGGGAGAAAAAAAAUAGGAGAGAAGAGAGAGGAGAGCGAGAGAGAGAGAGAGAGAGAGAGAGAGAGAGAGAGAGAGAAGAGAGAGAGAGAAAGGAAGAAAGAGGAGAGAGAGAGAGAAAAGAGAGAGAGAGAGAGUAAAGACGAGAGAGAGAGAGAGAGAGAGAGAGAGAGUAGAUUGACUCAGGUCUUAGACGACGCACCGGCGCAGAGACGCAGCGAGAGAGAGAUAGAGAGAGAGGAAGAGCGAGAUGACGGAGAAAGAGAGCAGAGAACAGAGAAGAGAAUAUAAAGCAGAGAGAUGGUAGCAAAAGAGAGAAGAGAGGGAGACAAAGACCCUCCCAAAGAUGAGAGAGAAAGAGAGAGAUUACUAGAGAAAAGGUGGGAAAAAAAAAAUAUCCAAGGAGAGAGAAAGCGGACGGAACAAAAGACAAGGAGAGAGAAAGAGAGAAAGACAAGACAAGAGGAGAAAGAGCGAGAAAAAAGAGAGCAGAGAGAAAGAGAGAGAGAGAAACGCGGAGAGAGUGAAGAGAAGGGAGAGAGAGUAGAGAGUGAGAGAGUCAUGAUGAAGAGCGAGGGAGCGACGGAGAGAUCGCGCUGAGUAGUGAUGAGAGCCUAUCUAGCGCUAGAGAGUGGAAAGCUCGUCGAGCAUCCACCUGUAGAGGCGCCUAGCCCUCGUCUAGUCUCGCGCUCGUUGCUCGCCCAUCGCUCUCUCACUCUCGCCCGGCUCCCUCUCCCUAUCUCCGCUCUUCUCCCUCUCGCCCCCCUCUCUUCCUCUCCCUGUCCUCUAGAUGCUGAGUGUGUCUCAGUCAGUGGGUUCUCCUGCUGUGUCUCUGGUCUACAUAGUGAGGAACGGGACCGCCCCUCUCAACGGCACCGCCGCCUCUAACCUCCUGGGUCAGCUGACCGCCGAGAUGGUCGGCUACUUCCUGUUCUACCCCCCGCUGGUCAUUGCUGAACGUAAGUGCCCUAGUGCCUCCCGGGAUACCCCCGAUACCCUCUUAACACAUCCUCAGGGUCUACCUCAGGCGUCCCCAGAAAUAGAUCUAGGAUCAGGUUACCCUCCCCCAAUCCUAACCUUGACCUUUACCUUUAUUGCGGUUCAAACACAAAACUGACCUGAGAUCAGAGUCUACGUGCCAACUUCAUCCUACUCCUCCCUAGACACCCCUGUGGGUUUUAUAUAGCCUGCAUGGCACACUUCUGUCUGGGUAUUUAUCGCAGUGAGUAGCAUGGGUCUCUUCAGAAGAAGGACUGAGGUACUGGAAGGACUUGUAUAGAAUAACAUGGACGAGUGACGUUCCCCAGCCCUUUGAGUAAUUGGAUGUUUGUGACUGUUGCUCGGCCAUGUUCGUGACUGUUGCCCUCUACAACGAUGCAGUUGUUUUUAAUGAUUGAGUCACUGUACUGUAAGCUCUGGAUGCUAAGGUACAGCUAACCCCCUGCCUCCUCCUCCUCCUCUGUAACGACAGGCUACAUCUAACUAGGCUGUUCCAGUGUUGUUAAAGGACCAAUGAGCAGUGACAGGGAAACAGUUUGAGUCUAAACAAUGGUCCCAGUACACUCUUCUAGUCCACCGUCUGCCUCCUCCCUCAAUUUGAACUGGGAGAAUGAACAAACUAAUGCACUCCGAUCAGCACAGAGAGAAAUGCCUUUCCGAGACACCGGUCCAAGACGGCGUUCCUGGCAUCACAGACAGUUUUUUAAACAAGGCAUCUGGGAAGAGCGGCACAUACUUCUCCUCUGAGACUCACACUUGGGUCACCCCUCACCCUUGACCCAUGACUACCCAGGAUGCACCUGGAGUGACUCAUGUGACCCUGUUUACGAGAGGGUUGCGCCACGGGGCCGUGCACUGACAUACAGUUCAGUACUAACUAACGUCAUUACUGUAUCAGUAAGGUGUGGGCAGAUGGCCGCUUGGUUUACAUUGGACAGCAUUUGAAUCCAGAUUGCAUUGACCCUCCACUUUGUGCAUUGAAUAAAUCAAGUGAUGAGCAUAAUUACCUAUGGGGGGAGGGAGGAAGGGAGAAAGAAUAGAACAAGAGGAAGACAGAGGGGAGGAAGAAGCCAUGAGUGGAAGAAAGGAAGCAGACUCAGCAGAGGGAAAGAGAGAGAUGAGAGAUAGUUUGUCCUGUUUGUUUUGUACCUCUGCCAUUUGUAAUAUUACAGUUUUAUAGGGAGGUGAGGGAGGUCUCUGCCAUAUGUUGGCAGCGGCUGGCUCCGCUCUUCAAAGGCAAUUACCACUGUAAAUAAUUAACAGUGGGGGGUUUAUCAGUGUGCACAGUAGAACACCUCAGGCCCUGUUCAGACAGAGACUCUCCGUUUCCAACACUACUGUUUACAGCAUGGAGAAUUCCAGGGAAUGGCAGGGGAUUUUUCAGACUGUUCAUAGAUAGAUAGAUAGACAGGCAGGCAGGCAGGCAGGCAGGCAGGCAGGCAGGCAGGCAGACAGACAGACAGACAGACAGACAGACAGACAGACAGACAGACAGACAGACAGACAGACUGACUGACUGACUGACUGACUGACUGACUGACUGACUGACUGACUGACUGACUGACUGACUGACUGACUGACUGACUGACUGACUGACUGACUGACUGACUGACUGACUGACUGACUGACUGAUAGAUAGAUAGAUAGAUGUGGUGAUGAGUUUUUAAGCUUGUCUUCUGUGUUUUGUUCCUUUCAGUGGCAUUGUGUGUUUGUGUGUGUGUGUGUGUGUGCGUGUGUGUUUAUACAUUUAAGAAGCCAAACUCUGUGCCAAGGUUUUAGUAAGGCUGUGUACAGUUGAAUGUAUUUAAAACCAGAAUGUGGAUGACGGAAAACCAAAAGAACUCAGCAAGUAAAGAGUAGUCACAAAACAACACAACAGGCAUUCUUUUGUUCAAUAUUUGAUGAGUGUUUGACUUCUAAACUACUGUUUAGUGUACAUGCUGUUUUUGUUUAUUCAACAAGGGAAUCACACACAACCUACUCCUUUCAAAUCCAUCCAACAAAUAAUUUUCAGAAUGCUGUGUUUUUCAUCCCUAGGCCUAGCCACUCUAACUUUAGCAGUGGAGCUCUGAGGCUUAUGUGGAACAUCAUCACAGAUUAAGCAGCAUGAUUGUGCACGGCUGAGACUACAGUAUUGGACAGUGUUAAAGAGACUCUGCUGACAGCCCUGCAGUCGUAACGGUUAGCACGCCAGAGCAUUCACUGUUCCCCUACUCACUCAUACAGAGCGGGUGAUGUGACAGGCUUGCAAAUCUUUAUAAAUGAAUAAAAGAACCCCCCAGACAGAUGUGUAGAGGAUGUUUGGGGGACGUGCUGAGAAUGGAGAGGAGGAGGGAAGGAGGGACUAGUGCCAGCCUCGCAGCCGGACGGCCAUUUUAGGGCUGUUAUCACUGCCAGCUUGUUUGUGACACCUGAACCAGAUGUCACUCACUCUCUCACUCUCUCACUCACUCUCACAUUCACUCUCACUCUCACUCUCACUCUCUAUCUCUAUACAACUCUACCCCUGUCUCUCUUUCUCUACCGCGUCUGAUUUCAUAGGCCAGUGAUACAGCAUGCCCCCAAAACACUGCACCAGCCCCAGUACGUAAUCAGGCAGGAAAUAUGUAACCAAGCUAAAGCCUGGGAAACUCAACAGACAACCAGAACAGAGGCAGAGCCCAUACAGCUCUAAGCUCUCACAGUGAGACACUCAGCCAAAGCUCUCAGUAUAAGAAGCUCUAUGACGCAAAGGCAUAAUGGAGGUUUAAGUUGUGCCACUGCAAACUCUCAGCACCACUGCAGUGAUGUUUUCACAAGGAGAAAUUGAGGUGCUCAAAGCACCAAUGUAGUUCUGACCUGAGUCAAAUUCAUAAAGAAAUUCACAGAAAUUAUUUUGACACAGAUUUUAAAAAAGCUCAGGCUGGUCAUGUUGUUACUCUGUUCUUUUCCAGCAUUGGAAUACCACAACCUCAAUACGUCCAUCGCUACCAGAGACUUCUGGGUAAUCACAGGUAAUUGUCUUAUUGUUUCUUUCAUUAUUGGCUUAUUGAAGAGAAGCUCUCUAGUUGUGCUGCUGAUAUGUUUUCUGUCUAUGCAGUCGUUUCUGCUUAUUUUAACCCCUUACACUCGUGGAAAUGGGCCUGUAUGGAUUGGGCCAAAUUGAAAUGUUUCUAACAGAAGAACUAUAAAAAGCAUAUAUAUGACCAUGGUACAACCUACACUCAGCUGUACCCAUAGGAGAACCCUUUUUGGUUCCAUGGAGAACCCUUUUUGGUUCCAGGUAGAACCCUUUUGGGCUCCAUGUAUAACCCUCUGUGGAAAGGCUCCUACAUGGAACCCAAAAGGGUUCUACCUGGAACCAAAAAGGGUUCUUCAAAGGGUUCUCCUAUGGGGACAGCUGAAGAACCCUUUUGGGUUCUAGAUAGCACCUUUUUUUCUAAGAGUGUAGCAAUUGAAAGAGCAAUUGAAUUUUAUGUGCAUUUUACAUUUACUGUACUUUUCACAGCAUUUGUCAGUAACGAAAUCUGGAAAUUCUCUGUAUACAUUCAGUAACAUAAUAAGAAUAUUAAUUGACAUUUUGGAGUAGGUGCAAGAUAAGAAAAAACAGGGGUUCACAAGGGUUUGAGUGAGAGGUCUAACGGGUGUCUCCAAGUGGCCACACACCUCUCCAAACUGUGCACAGUUCCUAAGUCAUUUCAAUGCACUUUUAUGACUCAAGGAAAGAGCCUUCAACUAUAAGGGGCUUUAUUGAGCUCUCCUAGCUUUGCCAUUGAGGAACUGAAGCAAGCACACUGGUAGUUUUUUGUUUGGAACACAGCCCUGCUUCCCCACCAUCACACAAUUACUGUUGUUAUUUCAUGAGUGCAUUCAAGUGUUUAUUCCGCGACAAAAUGUCUUCACAAUAUGACAAACAUAGGCUAAUUCUGUUCAGGACAACACAGGGUAUAUGCAUGUCAUCCUUGUAACUGUGGAUCAUACAUAGUGAUCUUAAACAUAGAUACUGUAAAUUAUGAAAUUUCAAAAAAUGGAAAUAUGAACUGCACAUUUGGACUCAAUGGUGUGUGAUUUGCUUGUAUGACUUCAAAGCGGUAUAUAUUAUAAUCGUCAACAUGUCAUCCUUCAGAACACAUCGACUCCUCUCGAUUUACAGCAUUACCCUCACUCAGACAACAACAAAUGUGCAGAAGUAUCCCAAUAGUGGGAGGGACUGGGGCAACUUCCUGUUGCGCUCGGUGCUCAAGUUUAUAACAGCACUUAUCAAUGACAAGAUCUGGCAUUUUCAACCCAUAUACGGGAUGACGGGCUGUGAGUGGAAAGGGUUAAUUCAUUUUUAUGAUUUUUAUAAUAUUUCUGUAUUGAGGCUUUUGUUAAAUGCACUUUAAAUAAAUUGUGAUUUGAUUAUUUUAUCCUACUCCUUCCAUUGGUUACCUUAUUUAUUAUUUAAGCUACUCUAACAGUGCACCCUUGAGAUAUUGAAUUCCUCUGAAAUAUUCCAUGCUUUCUUAUCUGAUGCCUAGACUCUGAACACACUACCAAUGGAAUGCACAAUGGCGUAUCAUAGCUGUUGUUGAUUGAUCGUCGUUGCGGAGACAUGGAGCAAUACAUCAAUAUUGUAUAUUUUAUAUGAUCUUGAUUGAUUGACAUCAUUGAACAAUGAUGUUAUCAAUGUAUUGUAUAAUUGCUUCUGCCCUUGUUAACUGUGUAAUUCAAUGAGUAGAAGUAGAGUACAGAGGUCUUACAGAGGUCACCAUGACUACCCAUUCUGUCACUAGAGUACAGAGGUCUUAAACCAUGUGACUAUGUUGUUUUACUGAACAUCCCCUGUCCAUUGUAAUAUACAUCUACAAAUGGGUCAGGGAAAUAGUCUUACUGACCAUGACCCCCAUUCUGUCACUAGCGUACCCUGACUGGACCAUGACCCCCAUUCUGUCACUAGCGUACCCUGACUGGACCAUGACCCCCAUUCUGUCACUAGCGUACCAUGACUGGACCAUGACCACCCAUUCUGUCACUAGCGUACCAUGACUGGACCAUGACCCCCAUUCUGUCACUAGCGUACCAUGACUGAACCAUGACCUCCCAUUCUGUCACUAGCGUACCAUGACUGGACCAUGGCCUACCAUUCUGUCACUAGCGUACCAUGACUGGACCAUGACCUCCCAUUCUGUCACUAGCGUACCAUGACUGGACCAUGACCACCCAUUCUGUCACUAGCGUACCAUGACUGGACCAUGGCCUACCAUUCUGUCACUAGCGUACCAUGACUGGACCAUGACUCUACAUUCUGUCACUAGCGUACCAUGACUGGACCAUGGCCUACCAUUCUGUCACUAGCGUACCAUGACUGGACCAUGACUCUACAUUCUGUCACUAGCGUACCAUGACUGGACCAUGACUCUACAUUCUGUCACUAGCGUACCAUGACUGGACCAUGACUCUACAUUCUGUCACUAGCGUCCCAUGACUGAACCAUGGCCUACCAUCCUGUCACUAGCGUACCAUGACUGGACCAUGGCCUACCAUUCUGUCACUAGCGUACCAUGACUGGACCAUGACUCUACAUUCUGUCACUAGCGUACCAUGACUGGACCAUGACUCUACAUUCUGUCACUAGCGUACCAUGACUGGACCAUGACUCUACAUUCUGUCACUAGCGUCCCAUGACUGAACCAUGGCCUACCAUCCUGUCACUAGCGUACCAUGACUGGACCAUGGCCUACCAUUCUGUCACUAGCGUACCAUGACUGGACCAUGACUCUACAUUCUGUCACUAGCGUACCAUGACUGGACCAUGACUCUACAUUCUGUCACUAGCGUACCAUGACUGGACCAUGACUCUACAUUCUGUCACUAGCGUACCAUGACUGGACCAUGGCCUACCAUCCUGUCACUAGCGUACCAUGACUGGACCAUGGCCUACCAUUCUGUCACUAGCGUACCAUGACUGGACCAUGACCACCCAUUCUGUCACUAGCGUACCAUGACUGGACCAUGGCCUACCAUACUGUCACUAGCGUACCAUGACUGGACCAUGACUCUACAUUCUGUCACUAGCGUACCAUGACUGGACCAUGGCCUACCAUUCUGUCACUAGCGUACCAUGACUGGACCAUGACUCUACAUUCUGUCACUAGCGUACCAUGACUGGACCAUGACUCUACAUUCUGUCACUAGCGUACCAUGACUGGACCAUGACUCUACAUUCUGUCACUAGCGUCCCAUGACUGAACCAUGGCCUACCAUCCUGUCACUAGCGUACCAUGACUGGACCAUGGCCUACCAUUCUGUCACUAGCGUACCAUGACUGGACCAUGACUCUACAUUCUGUCACUAGCGUACCAUGACUGGACCAUGACUCUACAUUCUGUCACUAGCGUACCAUGACUGGACCAUGACUCUACAUUCUGUCACUAGCGUCCCAUGACUGAACCAUGGCCUACCAUCCUGUCACUAGCGUACCAUGACUGGACCAUGGCCUACCAUUCUGUCACUAGCGUACCAUGACUGGACCAUGACUCUACAUUCUGUCACUAGCGUACCAUGACUGGACCAUGACUCUACAUUCUGUCACUAGCGUACCAUGACUGGACCAUGACUCUACAUUCUGUCACUAGCGUACCAUGACUGGACCAUGGCCUACCAUCCUGUCACUAGCGUACCAUGACUGGACCAUGGCCUACCAUUCUGUCACUAGCGUACCAUGACUGGACCAUGACCACCCAUUCUGUCACUAGCGUACCAUGACUGAACCAUGACCUCCCAUUCUGUCACUAGCGUACCAUGACUGGACCAUGGCCUACCAUUCUGUCACUAGCGUACCAUGACUGGACCAUGACCUCCCAUUCUGUCACUAGCGUACCAUGACUGGACCAUGACCACCCAUUCUGUCACUAGCGUACCAUGACUGGACCAUGGCCUACCAUUCUGUCACUAGCGUACCAUGACUGGACCAUGACUCUACAUUCUGUCACUAGCGUACCAUGACUGGACCAUGGCCUACCAUUCUGUCACUAGCGUACCAUGACUGGACCAUGACUCUACAUUCUGUCACUAGCGUACCAUGACUGGACCAUGACUCUACAUUCUGUCACUAGCGUACCAUGACUGGACCAUGACUCUACAUUCUGUCACUAGCGUCCCAUGACUGAACCAUGGCCUACCAUCCUGUCACUAGCGUACCAUGACUGGACCAUGGCCUACCAUUCUGUCACUAGCGUACCAUGACUGGACCAUGACUCUACAUUCUGUCACUAGCGUACCAUGACUGGACCAUGACUCUACAUUCUGUCACUAGCGUACCAUGACUGGACCAUGACUCUACAUUCUGUCACUAGCGUCCCAUGACUGAACCAUGGCCUACCAUCCUGUCACUAGCGUACCAUGACUGGACCAUGGCCUACCAUUCUGUCACUAGCGUACCAUGACUGGACCAUGACUCUACAUUCUGUCACUAGCGUACCAUGACUGGACCAUGACUCUACAUUCUGUCACUAGCGUACCAUGACUGGACCAUGACUCUACAUUCUGUCACUAGCGUACCAUGACUGGACCAUGGCCUACCAUCCUGUCACUAGCGUACCAUGACUGGACCAUGGCCUACCAUUCUGUCACUAGCGUACCAUGACUGGACCAUGACCACCCAUUCUGUCACUAGCGUACCAUGACUGGACCAUGGCCUACCAUUCUGUCACUAGCGUACCAUGACUGGACCAUGACUCUACAUUCUGUCACUAGCGUACCAUGACUGGACCAUGGCCUACCAUUCUGUCACUAGCGUACCAUGACUGGACCAUGACUCUACAUUCUGUCACUAGCGUACCAUGACUGGACCAUGACUCUACAUUCUGUCACUAGCGUACCAUGACUGGACCAUGACUCUACAUUCUGUCACUAGCGUCCCAUGACUGAACCAUGGCCUACCAUCCUGUCACUAGCGUACCAUGACUGGACCAUGGCCUACCAUUCUGUCACUAGCGUACCAUGACUGGACCAUGACUCUACAUUCUGUCACUAGCGUACCAUGACUGGACCAUGACUCUACAUUCUGUCACUAGCGUACCAUGACUGGACCAUGACUCUACAUUCUGUCACUAGCGUCCCAUGACUGAACCAUGGCCUACCAUCCUGUCACUAGCGUACCAUGACUGGACCAUGGCCUACCAUUCUGUCACUAGCGUACCAUGACUGGACCAUGACUCUACAUUCUGUCACUAGCGUACCAUGACUGGACCAUGACUCUACAUUCUGUCACUAGCGUACCAUGACUGGACCAUGACUCUACAUUCUGUCACUAGCGUACCAUGACUGGACCAUGGCCUACCAUCCUGUCACUAGCGUACCAUGACUGGACCAUGGCCUACCAUUCUGUCACUAGCGUACCAUGACUGGACCAUGACUCUACAUUCUGUCACUAGCGUACCAUGACUGGACCAUGACUCUACAUUCUGUCACUAGCGUCCCAUGACUGAACCAUGGCCUACCAUCCUGUCACUAGCGUACCAUGACUGGACCAUGGCCUACCAUUCUGUCACUAGCGUACCAUGACUGGACCAUGACUCUACAUUCUGUCACUAGCGUACCAUGACUGGACCAUGACUCUACAUUCUGUCACUAGCGUACCAUGACUGGACCAUGACUCUACAUUCUGUCACUAGCGUACCAUGACUGGACCAUGGCCUACCAUCCUGUCACUAGCGUACCAUGACUGGACCAUGGCCUACCAUUCUGUCACUAGCGUACCAUGACUGGACCAUGGCCUACCAUUCUGUCACUAGCGUACCAUGACUGGACCAUGACUCUACAUUCUGUCACUAGCGUACCAUGACUGGACCAUGACUCUACAUUCUGUCACUAGCGUACCAUGACUGGACCAUGACUCUACAUUCUGUCACUAGCGUACCAUGACUGGACCAUGGCCUACCAUCCUGUCACUAGCGUACCAUGACUGGACCAUGGCCUACCAUUCUGUCACUAGCGUACCAUGACUGGACCAUGACCACCCAUUCUGUCACUAGCGUACCAUGACUGGACCAUGGCCUACCAUUCUGUCACUAGCGUACCAUGACUGGGACCAUGACUCUACAUUCUGUCACUAGCGUACCAUGACUGGACCAUGGCCUACCAUUCUGUCACUAGCGUACCAUGACUGGACCAUGACUCUACAUUCUGUCACUAGCGUACCAUGACUGGACCAUGACUCUACAUUCUGUCACUAGCGUACCAUGACUGGACCAUGACUCUACAUUCUGUCACUAGCGUCCCAUGACUGAACCAUGGCCUACCAUCCUGUCACUAGCGUACCAUGACUGGACCAUGGCCUACCAUUCUGUCACUAGCGUACCAUGACUGGACCAUGACUCUACAUUCUGUCACUAGCGUACCAUGACUGGACCAUGACUCUACAUUCUGUCACUAGCGUACCAUGACUGGACCAUGACUCUACAUUCUGUCACUAGCGUCCCAUGACUGAACCAUGGCCUACCAUCCUGUCACUAGCGUACCAUGACUGGACCAUGGCCUACCAUUCUGUCACUAGCGUACCAUGACUGGACCAUGACUCUACAUUCUGUCACUAGCGUACCAUGACUGGACCAUGACUCUACAUUCUGUCACUAGCGUACCAUGACUGGACCAUGACUCUACAUUCUGUCACUAGCGUACCAUGACUGGACCAUGGCCUACCAUCCUGUCACUAGCGUACCAUGACUGGACCAUGGCCUACCAUUCUGUCACUAGCGUACCAUGACUGGACCAUGACUCUACAUUCUGUCACUAGCGUACCAUGACUGGACCAUGACUCUACAUUCUGUCACUAGCGUCCCAUGACUGAACCAUGGCCUACCAUCCUGUCACUAGCGUACCAUGACUGGACCAUGGCCUACCAUUCUGUCACUAGCGUACCAUGACUGGACCAUGACUCUACAUUCUGUCACUAGCGUACCAUGACUGGACCAUGACUCUACAUUCUGUCACUAGCGUACCAUGACUGGACCAUGACUCUACAUUCUGUCACUAGCGUACCAUGACUGGACCAUGGCCUACCAUCCUGUCACUAGCGUACCAUGACUGGACCAUGGCCUACCAUUCUGUCACUAGCGUACCAUGACUGGACCAUGACCACCCAUUCUGUCACUUUUUUCUUAUUUAUAUUAGUUCUUAUUUUUUUUUAAAUAUUUUUAAAAUAUUUUAUUUUACCCUUAUUUAACUAGGCAAGUCAGUUAAGAACACAUUCUUAUUUAAAAUGACGGCCUACACCGGCCAAACCCGGACGACGCUGGGCCAAUUGUGCGCCACCCUAUGGGACUCCCAAUCAUGGCCGGUUGUGAUACAGCCUGGAAUCCAACCAGGGGGUCUGUAGUGACACCUCUAGCACUGAGAUGCAGUGCCUUAGACCGCUGCGCCACUCGGGAGCCCACCAUGACUGGACCAUGACUCUCUAUUCUGUCACUUACGUACCAUGACUGGACCAUGACUCUCUAUUCUGUCACUAGCAUACUAUGACUGGACCAUGACUCUCUAUUCUGUCGCUAGCGUACCAUGACUGGACCAUGACUCUCUAUUCUGUCACUAGCGUACCAUGACUGGACCAUGACCACCCAUUCUGUCACUAGCGUACCAUGACUGGACCAUGACCACUCAUUCUGUCACUAGCGUACCAUGACUGGACCAUGACCCUCCAUUCUGUCACUAGCGUACCAUGACUGGACCAUGACCCACGAUUCUGUCACUAGCGUACCAUGACUGGACCAUGACCCCCCAUUCUGUCGCUAGCGUACCAUGACUGGACCAUGACCCCCCAUUCUGUCACUAGCGUACCAUGACUGGACCAUGACCCCCCAUUCUGUCACUAGUGCCUCUGAGCGGUUGGUUUACCAUGACCUUGAUACAUAUGAACCCCCCAUUCGUCACUAG